AUGUUCUCAAAUAGUGAUGAAGCUGUAAUCAAUAAAAAACUUCCCAAAGAACUCCUAUUACGGAUAUUUUCUUUUCUGGAUGUUGUUACCUUGUGUCGCUGUGCUCAGGUCUCCAGGGCCUGGAAUGUUCUGGCUCUGGAUGGCAGUAACUGGCAGCGAAUUGACCUGUUUGAUUUCCAGAGGGAUAUUGAGGGCCGGGUAGUGGAGAAUAUUUCAAAACGAUGUGGGGGCUUUUUACGAAAGUUAAGUCUUCGUGGGUGUCUUGGAGUAGGAGACAAUGCGUUAAGGACCUUUGCACAAAAUUGUAGGAACAUUGAAGUACUGAAUCUAAAUGGGUGUACGAAGACUACAGAUGCUACAUGUACUAGCCUUAGCAAGUUCUGUUCCAAACUCAGGCACCUUGACUUGGCUUCCUGUACAUCAAUAACAAACAUGUCUCUUAAAGCUCUGAGUGAGGGAUGUCCACUGUUGGAGCAAUUAAACAUUUCCUGGUGUGACCAAGUAACCAAGGAUGGCAUCCAAGCACUAGUGAGAGGCUGUGGGGGUCUCAAGGCCUUAUUCUUAAAAGGCUGCACACAGCUAGAAGACGAAGCUCUCAAGUACAUAGGUGCACACUGUCCUGAACUGGUGACUUUGAACUUGCAGACUUGUUUACAAAUCACAGAUGAAGGUCUCAUUACUAUAUGCAGAGGGUGCCAUAAGUUACAGUCCCUCUGUGCCUCCGGCUGCUCCAACAUCACAGAUGCCAUCCUGAAUGCUCUAGGUCAGAACUGUCCACGGCUUAGAAUAUUAGAAGUGGCAAGGUGUUCUCAAUUAACAGACGUAGGCUUUACCACUCUGGCUAGGAAUUGCCAUGAGCUCGAAAAGAUGGACCUGGAAGAGUGUGUUCAGAUAACAGAUAGCACAUUAAUCCAACUUUCUAUACACUGUCCUCGACUUCAAGUAUUGAGUCUGUCUCACUGUGAGCUGAUCACAGACGAUGGAAUUCGUCACCUGGGAAAUGGAGCCUGCGCCCAUGACCAGCUGGAGGUGAUUGAACUGGACAACUGCCCACUAAUCACAGAUGCUUCCCUGGAGCACUUGAAGAGUUGUCACAGCCUUGAGCGGAUAGAACUCUAUGACUGCCAGCAAAUCACACGGGCUGGGAUCAAGAGACUCAGGACCCAUUUGCCCAAUAUUAAAGUCCACGCCUACUUCGCACCUGUCACUCCACCCCCGUCAGUAGGGGGCAGCAGACAGCGAUUCUGCAGAUGCUGCAUCAUCCUAUGA